ACUCAUCACGCCAUUACACGGUCGGUCUCCUCCGCUUCUCAGCCUCUUCUCUCUCUCCCCCUGAAGCGACGAAGACGAAGCGAAUUAUAGAGGAAACAGCGUCGUCGAAACCCUAACCCCACAUCGACGAAACCCUAAUCUCGCUCCGCUUCUUCUUCUUCUUCUUCUUCUUCGUCGAUCCCCGAUCCAUCGUGAUCGAUCAAGCAGGAACGAACGAUCGCGUGGUGAUCUGCUUCAUCCUCAACAAGUAGAGAGGAAGAGAGGAAGGAGGAGCGGGGCGGGGAGAGGGAGAUGUCGGGGCAGAACCAGAGGUUCCGACGGUGACGAUGCUGGGGGUGAUGAAGGCGCGGCUGGUGGGGGCGACGCGGGGCCACGCGCUGCUGAAGAAGAAGAGCGACGCGCUCACCGUGCAGUUCCGGCAGAUCCUGCGCAAGAUCGUCACGGCGAAGGAGUCCAUGGGCGAGGCCAUGCGCGCCUCCGCCUUCUCCCUCGCCGAGGCCAAGUACGUCGCCGGCGACGGCGUCCGGCACGUCGUCCUCGAGUCCGUCCGCUCCGCCUCCCUCCGCGUCCGCUCCCGCCAGGACAACGUCGCCGGCGUCAAGCUCCCCCGCUUCGGGCAGCAGAUCCAGGCCUGCCGCGCCGCCCACGUCCGCGCCAUCGAGGUGCUCGUCGAGCUCGCCUCCCUCCAGACCUCGUUCCUCACCCUCGACGAGGCCAUCAAGACCACCAACCGCCGCGUCAACGCCCUCGAGAACGUCGUCAAGCCGCGCAUCGAGAACACCAUCGCCUACAUCAAGGGCGAGCUCGACGAGCUCGAGCGCGAGGACUUCUUCCGCCUCAAGAAGAUCCAGGGCUACAAGAAGCGCGAGCUCGAGCGCCAGCGGCAGGCCGCCCUCCUCUUCGCCGAGGAGCAGUUCGCCGAGCGCAUCGCCCUCAAGAAGGGCAUCUCCGUCGGCUCCGCCCACGGCCUCCUCGCCGCCGCCUCCGACAGGGACGACGACAUCAUCUUCUGAUGCUCUCAUUCGUCAUCUUCGUCGUCGCGGUGAACUCCUCCCUCUCUCUCUCUCUCUCUCUCUCUCUUUUUCAGUCUCAAA